GGAGUGCAAGUGGGAAGGGGGAGUGUUUUUGUGAACGGUCGAGUUACGGGGGUUGAUCAUCGUGGUAAGUUGAGAGUGAAAAGGGGAAGUGUGAGGGAGAAAAAGAUAGUAGAAGGUGAUAGUGAAGUGGGUGGAAGUGGAGUGCGAGGGAAGAGGGGCAGAAGGAAGAGGCGAAGGGGCCGCGUUUCUCUCGUGUGUCAUGGGGUGUUUCGGCAGCCAGAGCAGCAAGGCCAGCCAGGAUGACAGCAAAAGCCAAAAGAGGCGCUCGGAUGCGAUUUCGAAGCAAUUGCAGAAGGAUAAGCAGGUGUACAGGGCGACACAUCGGCUUUUGCUACUUGGUGCGGGAGAGUCGGGAAAAAGCACAAUCGUUAAACAGAUGAGGAUAUUACACGUCAAUGGCUUCAGUGAAGCUGAAAAACGACAAAAAAUCGAGGAUAUCAAGAAAAACAUCAGGGACGCAAUCCUGACGAUAACAAGUGCUAUGAGUACGUUAACGCCGCCUGUGACGUUGGAAGAUCCUGCGAAUCAGAGUAGAAUGGAAUAUAUCCUCGAAGUCUCGUCUUCCCCUGACUUCGAUUAUCCCUCGGAGUUUUAUGAAAUCGUUGAAAAUCUUUGGAGGGACAAAGGUGUUCAACAAAGCUUCGAGAGGAGUAACGAGUAUCAGCUCAUUGACUGCGCCAAAUAUUUCCUAGACAAAGUAGCCAUCGUAAAACAACCUGACUACACGCCAACGGAACAGGAUAUUUUAAGAUGUCGUGUGCUCACAUCCGGUAUCUUCGAGACACGGUUUCAAGUUGACAAAGUAAACUUUCACAUGUUUGACGUUGGUGGCCAAAGAGAUGAAAGAAGAAAAUGGAUACAGUGCUUUAACGACGUGACGGCAAUCAUAUUCGUUACAGCUUGUAGUAGUUACAACAUGGUGCUCAGGGAAGAUCCAACAAAAUUAAGACUUCGAGAAAGUCUUGAUUUAUUCAAAAGUAUCUGGAAUAAUAGAUGGCUUCGCACAAUUUCCGUUAUUUUAUUCUUAAACAAGCAAGAUUUACUUGCGGAAAAGGUAAAAGCGGGAAAGCACAAAUUGGAAGACUACUUUCCAGAAUUUGCGAGGUAUCAAACGCCAGUCGAACCUGGAGUUGUUACGGAUUCGACGGAGCCUCCGGAUGUCAUACGGGCCAAGUACUUUAUUAGAGACGAAUUUCUCCGUAUAAGUACAGCAAGUGGAGAUGGAAAACAUUAUUGUUAUCCACAUUUUACGUGUGCCGUCGACACGGAAAACAUCAAGCGAGUGUUCAAUGAUUGUCGUGAUAUCAUUCAGCGGAUGCAUCUACGUCAAUACGAACUCUUGUGACUUCGUUUCCAUCAACGUGUCCUCCUCCUACCUGUCCAUCUUAUUACUAUUAACGUGCGUCGACUUGAUUUGCGUUGCCAAGUAAGGUUGUAAUUGCUAAAAAUUCGAAUUUAUAAUGAAUUCCUAUCGUUUAAAAAAAAAGAAAAAAACGGCAUUCUAUAAUAUGGGCAUCGCGCGUAUCAAUUGCAAAGAAAAGAUAACAAAAAAAAUUCUCCUUUGCCACAAGUCACUAAGCAAAAAAAAAAAAAAAAAUGAAAAAAAAAGUGUGCGCCGAGGAUAUGCAUCACUUAACAAGUAACAUAAUUAGGAAAGUGCCAUUGAGUUGACUUUUCUGAAAUUUCACAUAUAUAUAAACAAUUUAGUGUAAAUUCUAAUUUUUGUCCUUAAUUUUCUAGUUCCAUAAUUUUUGAAAUUUCAAAAAAAAAUAUUUCAAAUAAAAAAUGAAAAGUUUUUUCAGAAAAAUCGGCGUGUGACACGUGGAGAUAGCGUUACUUGUAAGUCGAGAUUUGAGACUGGUUGUUGAGUUUAAGAAAUUUAGUGGCUCCGAAGCUAUAUAGUAGCAGAGUCCACGAUGUCCAAAUCCUCUUUCUCUCUCUCUCUUUUUCUCUCUCCAAUUUUAUGUUUAAAGAGUAUGCUGGAUUUCGAAAACUUUGUAUCGAAUUCUUUAGUACUUCUUUUUUUUUUCUAAUGUACAAACUGAUGUCUUUGUAGUUUCGUUAUCAUCUCUCUCACUCUCUUUCUCUCUCUUUUUCUCUCUCUCUCUCUAAUUAAGCGAUUAGAAAAUAAUACAUUUGUGCCAGAAAUGUUCACGAUAAUAUAAUGAGGGAUGAAAAAAAAAAAACAAAACAAGUGUGUUUCAUAAUCUGUGAUGGUGUUUCAUAAACGAUACUGUGUGUGUUCAGCAUACUCUUAUUUAUCAUUUUUAGAAAUAACUCCACAGGCGCCCCUUUCUCGAACAGUAGUACGUAUCGAAUAUUUAGAAAAUGAAAAAGAAAAGAAAAAAGAAAAAAAAAUACCCCCUCAUCUACCCUAGAGAUCGGAAUCUCGUUAUUUUUGUUAUGAUCUGUUUUUCUUGAGAAUAUUUGCUUUUCAACUUUUGCCGAAUCUCGAAUUUUAAUCGUAAAGAAAAAGAAAAAGAAAAAAAAAAAAAAAAGCAACAACCCAAAUCCUGUAGGAAAAAUUCAGUCGCACCUUUUUACGAGAAGAGUAUUUUGUGAGAUUUUACAGUAUUUCGAAAAACGUUUUAAUUGUACAACUUGUGUAUCGACUAUUAUAUAUAUAUGUAUAUACAGGGUGACCGUCCACUGACUCAUUCUUAUUUACGUUCAAUAAAUUACUAAUGUUAAAGAUCAAUUUUUUUAUAAAUUACUUUUUUUUUGGGGAAAAUUUCAAGAAAAUUAUAAUAUAGAAAUUAAUUCUUUCUAGAAGAUAAUAUAAUUCUAAUUUUUAUGAAAAAAUAUCAUUUUUGAACGUGAAAAAGAGCACAAAAAUCGCUUAUUGGUCACCUUGUAUAUGACGAGUCCCACUUUCCUAGUGUUUUUUUUUUUUUUUUUAUUUUUUUUUUUUUAAUCAAAUCUAACGUUUCAUUUCCCUGAAGAAAUAAGAACAUAAUAUUCACGUGUGCGUGAAUUUAUUGGCUCGCGUGUAGGAACGCGAAGGACAAAUCAAAAUUCAACAUAUUUCCUAUAUAUUAUACACCUCGAUUUAAAAGUUUAAAACUCUUUUUCUCCAGUUUCCCCCCCUCCUCCCCCCAUUUGCUUUUUAUCAUCACUUAUUGAAAAAAGAUUAUUAAAAAAAAAAAACAGAAAAAAAAUAAGAAAAAUAAAAAAAGAAACCACGCACUCGAUGCUCGGAAGUAACGAGUUAUUUAAAAAAAAAGAACUAUAUGUAAUAUUUACAUUUAUAUAGGUAAAAAUGAGAGUUCAACGUCAAAUUAAAAAAAAAAGCGAGAGUAUAAAGAGCUAAAGAUUAAACAUAAGAAAUCAAUAUUUAAUAAAAGGCAACGCCUUUCGCGCUCCGAAAUGAACACAAUUUAUUCGCGACAUUUAUAUAUAAAUAUAUACAUUAAUACAUACACACAAGAGAAGAGAAAAAAAAAAAGAAGGAAACACGUGCGCAUACGUACAUACAUGCAUUAUAUAAAGAAAAUGAUAAUCUAUUAUUAUAUACAAAAUGUGCGCAUGUGUAGUUUUUAUGUAUAUCUAUCGUAUUUAAUUAAUACGUACAUAACAGGUGUAGUUUUAAAAAAAAAAAUCACUUUAUAAUUGGGAAUGUCUUUAAAUUACAAAAAGUCACAAAAAAAAGCAUUAAACUUUGUUUCAAAAAUUUUAUUACAAAAAAUAAAAAUGAAAAAAAAAUUAAUUUGAAAAAAAAGAAUAGAAAAUAAGGGAAAAAAAAGUUUUACUUUUGUUUUUUUUUUUGUUGAAACUUUUUGUAAUUUAUAGAACCAUUUAAAAAAAUCUUUCGAACUGUUAUUUUUUACUAAUGUGACAUAAUAUAUAUGAGAGUAUCAGCGAGAGAAUAAUAAAAGUUUGCUUGCGGGAGAAAAAUUUUUUGUUUUCGACUUCCGUGAAACUUUAUAUAUAUAAAUAUAUAUUAUACAUAUAUGUAUACACUAUUGGUUGUAAGUUUAAAUUAACAUUUUUUUUUUUUUGUUAAUUACGGUGAAUUACAUUUUACUGCUGUAAAUAAUAAUUUCGAAACUAUUAAAAUUGAGGUUCAAUAUCAGAGAAAACUUCAAAAUAAAUGGGUUAAACUAUUUAUAUUUCGAAGGAAUUAUGGGUUAAUUUAAAAAAAAAAUUGAUACUUUCAAAGAUGAUUCUUUAUGAUAUCUAGGAAACGAAAUAAAAAAAAAAGUAUAAUAGAAUUUUUAUUAUUUCUCUUGAAAUAUGAGUUUGAGGUGGAGGAGGUAGAGAAAAUUGUCACUUUUUUCCAAAUUGGAAAAUAUAUUUUUAAAAAACAGAAUAAUUCUUAAAAGUGUGAAAAGAAUUAUUGAUUUUUAAUUAAGUAAUUUAUUAUUGUUUAAGAAUUAAAGUAGUAAAAAUAUUAGAGUAAUGGAUAAAAUAAUUUUUCAAAUAAAAUUUUUUCACAAUAUUUAAUCGAACCGAAAUCUACACACGUACCAAAAAUUUAGUUUAAUGAUAAUAUUUAAAAAAAAAAAAAUUUUUUUUUGAGAUUAAUGUUUGUUCAAAAUUAUGUUUUUUUUUAUAUAUCAUUUCUAAUUGCUAAAAAAGUGAAAGUUUUCUGUACCAUACUUCAAACUCAUAUUUUAAGAGAAAUAAUAAAAAUAUUAACAUAAUUUUAUUUUGUUUCCUAGCUAUCAUACAUUUUUGAAAGUAUAAAUUUUUUUUCAAAUUAGGCCGAAAUGACUUUGUUCGAAAUAUAAUUGACAAAAAUAUUAAAAGAAAGUGAAAUAACAAUGUGAAUUAAUUUCAAUAUAUUUUGAAAGAAUUAUAUAUAUUAAUGCAAUUUUUAAAAAACAGUAAUAACUGCGCCGAAUAAUAUUUGCAAUAAGGAAAUAAUAUUUUAUGUUAUUUAAUAAUUGAAGAAGAUAAUAUAUUUUUUUUAAAAAAAUUAUUUUUAACAAAAUAAAACGAAUAGAAUUGUGUCGAAUUUUAAAAUGAACAAAAUGUGCUAUUAUUUAUUUACUAAAAACUAAUGUAAUUUUUUAUGAUUGUUUCCGUCACAAGAUUAAAAAAAAUUACACAAAAUAUAUGGAAUAAUUAUUAUUAUUAUGACAAUAAUUUUGUGUGUAACGAAUUUUUAUUUUUUUUAGCAUUGAAUUUAUAGUUCUUUCAAAAUAUGUAUAUUAAAAUUAAUUUAUAUUAUUGUUUUUUUCCAAUGUUUUAAUUCAAAGAACUGAAAUAAUGGAUUAUAUAAAUUUUCUUAAUACAAACAAUUUUUGAAAAUAACUUUAAUCCAUAAAUUGCAAAAAAAAAACAUCGAGUAAAUUAUUUUUCGGUUUUUGCAUCAAAUUUUCGAAAAAUUUAACAUAAUUUCAAAGGAAAAAAAAAGAUUUUUAAAAUUGAUGCAUUUUUAAGAAAGUUAUGAAGCAUUUAAAAAAAUAUAUUUAAAAAUUUAAAUCUCAUAAAUGGAUUGAUAAAAAAAAUUGGAAAAAAAUCACUGAACCCUUUUUUGUAGAAUACAAAUAAAUAAAAAAAAAUGUUGGCCAAAUAUAUAUAUAUAAAAAAAAGGUUAAAUUUAAUUAUAUUAUAUUUGUAGCAAUAAAAGACGCAGUAAUUGACAAACUAAUGAAUUUAAGAGAGAAUCAGACGAACAGUCAAAACAAAAAUUUAUAUUCAAAUUUAACAUUUUUCUAUUUUAUAGAAAAAUUUUCUAUUUAAUUAAAAAAAUUUUUUAAGUAAAAGUAUAAGAAAUUUUAUUUUUAACACUUUGAAUUGAACAAAUAUUCCAUUUGAUUAACAAUUUCUUAAUUAUGAGAAACGAUUGUUAAAUUUUAGGUUAUUUUACCUAUAAAUCGUUUAUUAUCGAGAAAAGAAAUUGUAAUUUUUAUUAAAAUACAACUUUUACUCAAUAAUUCAAUUAAAAAUAAAAUUUGCUAUAUGCAAUACUUUUUAAUUAGAUUAAUUUAAUAAUACAAUACGAUAUAAUAAUAAUAAUAAUAAUAAUAAUAAUAAUAAUAAUUUUAUUAUUGUUAUUAUUAUUAUUAAUUAAUUAUUACUAAAUUUUAUUUUGAUUGUUUUUCUGAUUUUUUCUUUGUUAAAAUUUUGACCGUUAGUACAUGUAUAUAUGUAUAUAUAUUCGCCUUGCACAAAAACAAAAAAAAAAAAAAAAAAAAAAAACGAGUCAUUUAAUCACAUUAAAUACAUUUUAUCGAAUAUAGAAAUAUUCAUCAAUUAUUGUUGUUAAUUAAUAUUGUACGCGCGUUACUCGCUUGAAAUUCGUUUUUAUGGUUCCAUUGUUUGUUUAAUGCGAAACUACUUCCAUAUCUUCCCUCCCUCCCCCCCUAUAAAAAGAAGGCAUUAGAAUCUCUUACUUAAUUCUUAGGAUAAUAAUAAUCCAAAGAAAAAUCUCUAAACAGUUGCAAUUUUUCAAGAAUGUUAAAUUUUUUUAAAGAAAUUUUAGAUAAUUUUGUUAUUUUAAAGAAAAAUUUUUUUUUUUACUUUUAUUAUCUGAUUUUUAAAUAUUUAAGAUUUAUUUGUUUAAAAAAAAUUCUAAUUUCCUAUUAUAGUGUUUUUUUUAAUAAUAUGGAAAUUUUUAUAAAUUAAAUGAUUCUUAUUUUAUUGAUUUAAAAAAAAAGAAAAAAAAAAAUGAAAUACAUUUGUUUGUUUUUUUCCGUUAGACAUAUUAUUGUGCAUUCCAUUGUUACAUGAAAAUGACAAUUUUAUAUUGGAAUAGUGAAAGAAAAAUUAUAAUUUUCAUUAUUUUUGUCAAUUUUCACGAGAUAUUUACUAUUAAGAUUGAAAGUAAAAUUACGCAAUUUCUUUUUUUUUAAGUGAGAUUUUUAUUAUGGAUAUUUUUUUCAAACAAAAACGAAUGAUCAAAAAAAAAUCACAAAGCAAAGAGCUUAAAUAGCAGAAAAUACUUAAAAAAAAAAAGAAAAAAAAUACAAGGACUCGUAAAUUAUUAAUAUAACGCCGAUCGCACAAUAUUUUCUGUAAUUUUUUUUUUUUUUCUAUCGAGAGAGCAAUGCGUUUAAGCGCAUCAGUGCACAUGUAUCGUAUAUAAAAUGAUUGUCGGGAGAAUUUUUUAAAAUGUCGAUUAUUAUAUCAAUUUCUAAUUCUAAUUUUAGAUGCUUAACAUAUUUGCAGGGUUUCAGGAAAUUCUAGCGCCAAAUCUUUCGAUAUAUUCGAAGGCUGAGAGUGUGUAUAAAACUUUUAAGAACAAAAUAAUAAUUAUAUAUAGGUAAAACUAGUCUUUAGGCAUUGAACAUUUUUAUUUAUUAUCAAAUUAUUGUUUAUGUAUAUUAAAAAAAAAAAACAAUUAAUUCUUUUUCAUUUGUAUUUUAUAAAGAAAAAAUUAAUUUUUUUUGUAUGUGCACGAGCGAUAUCGUUGGACUCUGCGUUCAUCUAUUUUUUUUUUUUACUCAAUUUGAUCGUAUAAGAAUUUUUAAAUUUUGAGAAAAUUCAUAAAUUUGGACAUUACAUUUUUUUGAACUGCAGAUUUCAUACGCAUAUUAAUACAAUUUCUUUCUAUUUUAUUAUUGUAUUUUCGUUAUUGUUAAUAAUAUAUAUAUAUAUAUAUAUAUAUAUAUUGUCUGAGGUGUAUUUGCAAUUUUUAUUUAUUGUCGUCGUUAUAUUCUUGCAUAUAUAUAAAUUUAUUAUUGUCGCUCUUAUCCCUGAAAAUUUGUACAUUUUUUAGACAUUAUAUACCUAUAUACAUAAAUAUGUAUAACUCUCUCUGGGUCUUUGAAGGAUUCAAAGUUAUUUCAUUUUUUUUUCUAAGGAAAAAAAAACAACUUUCAAAGGUCUUUAAACUCCUUGAGUGUUCAGUAUAUUUAGAACUAGAAUUAAAUAAAAGAAAAAUGAAUGCUUAUACAUUUUUUCUGUAAUGAUAACAAAAAAAAAAAACAAAAAAAAAAAAAAUCUUUCGCAAUUUUAGAAUGACUUUUUGUAAAUCUUUUUUUGUAAAACGAAGAAAAGAGGGUAAAAAAAAAGAGAAACAAACAAGGUAAAAAAAAAAACGUUUUUUGUUCUCUAUGAAAAAAUAAUAUUUUUUCAUAGAAAAACGUUUUUUUUAAUAUAUAAUACGUAAUUAUUUAAAUUAAUUUAUUACAGAAAUUUUUCAAAAAUCAUCACACGUAUAUAUAUAUAUAAUUUUGUCCCAGUGUUAUAAUAGGAGCGUGACGAGAGAAUUAAAAAAAAUCACACUUUUAAAGUUUUUUGUGAAUUUAAAGAUGUGUCUGUUCGUAGCGAGAAGUGAAAAAAAAACGUUAGUUAAUGUGUAUACACGUAAUAAAACAAAAAACAAAAAAAAAACAAAUAUUAAUUAUUAAUCACGACGACGAAGACAAUUUACGAAAAUACGUGAUUUUUGUACGAGACUAGCCAUGGCAGUCUGUUUUACUGCCGUGCUUCGAAGCACUAUAGAACAGAAGUAAUAAAAGAAAAAGAAAAAAAAAGAAAA